AUGAAUAAAAAAGCCAAUUUUUUGCUUGUUGCAAGCUUCUUGAUAAUUUUAGUCCAUUUUGCUAAUGGUCAACCAGGUCAACCAAGCUUAAAUUAAUAUUGCAAUUAUAUUGCCUCUUCUAAUCAAAGAUUUGGAGCUUAAUAUUAAUAAGAUUUAAGUACUUAAAGAUGCAGCUUUUGCUAGUUUAGUGAACUAUCAUCGGCCAAUAAUUUUGCUUAGGGCUGUGUUUCUUGUCCAGAUUACACCACAGGUACUUGUAACAACUGCAAGCCAAAUUUUGUAUAAACUCCAAACAAAUUUUGUAUUCCUUGCCCUCAAGGAACUACUUGCUGUCUAGGAAAUAACCCUAGUCAAGAUCCCCAGUUCUAGGCUGCUAUUAGUUAGGCUGAUAACUCUUAAUCCGGUUUACAAACCAUAUACAAUGCCUUUUAAAGUUAUUCUGCCUUAAGAAUGAUGAGCUGUCUUCCUGGCUAUUUUGCUUUAGGACAUACAUGCAAAGCUAACAUUAAUAAUUGUGCAAAUGUAGUGGUAAAAAAAAACUACUUUUAUUGCUCUUAAUGCAACACUGGCUUUCACUUUGAUAAAUAAAAUAACUGUGUACAAGAUUGCACAAAAAUUAGCAUUUAAUAUGUUUUUUAAGAUAACACUUCUUAAAUAAGCACCUGUAAAAGUUGUACUUCUGCUUCUACUUGUUUAACAUGUAACUCAAUUUAAUAUUUAAAUGUGGUAAGAUACUUCACACUUGAUUAUUCUGGUUCAAGCAAAACUUUAAGUAUUGAUGAUCCUACUGGAAAAACUUUGCAAUCUUAUCAAAUCUGUAGAGAAUGCCCUUUAAAUUGCAUUAAUUGUAACGGUGAUUCAACUCAAUGCUAAGUAUGUGCUCCAUAUUAUGUGUUGAAAGGUGGUUAAUGCAUAGCUUGUACCGUUCCCAGCAACUACGUCUAACUUAAUUCAGAUAUAAGAGACUAUAGCUAUUACUAUUCAGGAUGUACUUCAACAGAUGGUUCCAUUUCUUCAUAUAUAUGGUAAUCUCAAAUCUCUUAAGGUAGCUUAGAUACUUUAGGCGUUGCUAUUACUCGUCCAAUUAUUAAAAUAUCAUCUAGUGUAUAUACUGCUUGUGAUGCAAACUGUGUAAGCUGUUAAGCAAGCUAAAACUAAAAAGGAACUACAUGCACAUAAUGCGCUAAUGGAUUCUAUUUAGAUUAAACUAACGCCAACUCUCCUACUUGUUUACAAUGCCCUGACAACAAUAGUGUUUUAUGUGUUUGGAAUGCAAAGAUCAAAAUGCCUUAAAUUACUGCUUGUAAAGCCAAUCCUAAUGAUUAUCCUCCUUAUAGCUUGACCUAUUAUCUACAACUAGAUUUUAAUGCUAUGAAUUUCAACUCAAACCCAUAAAAUUAUCAACCUUCUUAGUAAUGCUAAUUAAACAAAAAUAAUUGUAAAGCUAUGGUAAACAAUGACUUAAAUAAAAUAGGAUUAUGCUCUUCCUGCUAUAGCGCUUCCGAUUUUGCUGCUGGCUCUGGACUCCUAAAGACAAAUUAUAUUUUAGUAAGUGGUGUAUGCAAAAUCUGUUAAUAAUCAGGUACAAAAGAUUGUAUAGCAAAUUAAAAAGGUGAUGAUGUCAUUCCUUAAACUUGCCAAAACGGUUUUCAACCUACUCCUAUUAAUAAUACUUGUAAGAAAUGCCCUGAUAAUUGUAAAACUUGCAAUGACAACGGUAUGUGUACUGCAUGUGAUAAUUCAACAUACUUCUCCCUGUUAGAUACAAAUGGUGCAACUAAAGAUUGCAUUUUACCAUAUAAAUAAAAAUAAAUUUCUGAACUUGACGGAUGCUCUAAUUGGGGUUCUGCCUAGCAAAUUCCUGACUAUCCUUCCUGUCAAUCAUGUCAAACUGGGUAUGUUCUAAUAAAAGAUGCUUAGAUAGUUACUUCUAGUGCUGUAAUUAAUGCUGCACUUUGUAUGUCUUGUCCUCAAAACUGCUCAUAAUGCUAGCCUGGAAACCAAAGAUCUGUUUGCACUGCUUGUAAGCCUGGGUAUUACCUAUCAAAUAACACGUGUUUAUAAAUACCUCUGGGAUGUGCUACAUUUAAUGGUACUUAUUGUACUAUCUGUUAGUACAAUUAUAGAUUAGUUGAUAAUAAAUUCUGCUCUCUUUGUUAUAGAGGCUUUGAUGUUGCUAACCCAUAAGACCCUCUUAGCAUGAACUCAUUUUUUGACUGUCCAUAAGCUUAGUGCUAUGAUAUUAACUUGAAUUAAUCUACUACAACUAGCUCAUCUUAUUCAAAUAUUCUUUCAGUUAUUACUGCUGCAUGCUUAAUAUCUUUAAUAUUAAUAAUUUGA